AGACUGAAGCAUCAGUGCACUGCUGCUCCCUCCUGAAACUGCUGCCGUCCACCUGUGCAGGAUAAUCUCCGUCCGAGCAGCAGACAGGAGACGCUACAGCGUCCAUCGCUUGAGAGGCGGAUUACUUGAGGAUGACCCGCCGGUUGUGGGAAGGAAGACGAUGGACUAAGUUGCCAUUAUUGCAUCGGGUUUUUAUCUUUUAGUGCCGCCUGUCAGCUGCUGGCACACGUUCAGUUUUUUUAGGCAUUGCAGUUUUUCGGCUACUUUAUUCUGUGGCGUUCGCUUGUUUCACCAUCUGACUUCGUUUCCUCUCUCUUUCCACAACGGUCUGUGGUUGCUGGUUGUCGUCCACACAUUUGCUCUUGCAUUGGAGAUUAAAGCUUCGGUUUGAAUUCCCCCUGCUUCCCCCUUGGCUGCCCCGUCGGAGGGGUCCGAGCAGAGAGAAAAGGCGCAGAUGCGAGCAGAGCGGAGCGCACAUUGAGACCUAUUGCGCACCGCACCGCUCCUUCACGCACACAUGGGCACUGACGCGCACGCUCACACGCACGUGCAAACACAUGGAUGCACAUUCAGACACGCAGCUCCCUUCCCUCUGCGUGCAUACCUAGCUUUUGGUUGCAGUUAAACGCCAACGAGUUUUUGCUCCAGAGUCCAAAGCAGCGACCGUUUACCUUUCACCCAUCCAUCCUUGGCAAGUUCAUUUUUGACAUGCACAAGGCGGACGUCCACUAAGGAAAGCAUCGCAGAAACAUUCCCAUCUAAAAGAUGAGAGAAAUUGGCCUCAGCGGAUCUUCCGUCGGUCACCGGAAUUGCGAGUGCAGGGUCGGGGCGGAGGGCACCGGGGAGAGAGGACAGGGAGAGGCCGGGGAGGAGGAGCUCUCAGCCGGACUGCCCGCCGCGGAACAGCCGCUGCUGCCGGUGCUCAACAAGCAGGCUGCUGCUGCCCUGGGGAGGCGGGGGGAGGAUGAACAGUGCCUCAGUGUGAAAUUAUAACACUCAGCUGGCUUUGGGAGUGUUUGUUUUUCUGUCGUUUUACCUCUCACUAAUUAGUCUGAAGAUGCGAGAUAACGAACAGUGGCCUACUUAAUAACUGUCAUCCUGUACUCUCAUCAGUGUGGCACUUUUGGGUCACCUUAAACGUAAAUUAAGCACUUUGGAGAAUUAAAGGCUUGUAGUUUUGCGAAUUUACCUGUGCAGAACCCUGUGAAAGGACAUCCUCCCACCUACAGGCCACUUACACCAGUUUAACUUUGUGCUGUAAUGAUUUUUCUUAAUAGCCUAAUGUGUUUGUAGUUGAUAAGUUGAUAAGAUUUACCCAAGGUAGAAAUACUAAUAUUAUUCCUAUAAUCUUUAUAUAGGGAGUUCUAGUGUGUCUGUGGUGCUCUGUAGUGAGUUUAUGGUCACCAAAUUGCACUUGAUGGUAUUUUGUAUCUCUUAAAUAUUACUUGGCUAUAAUAUUUCUUUAGAAUAUUAUAUAUGAAUAUAUAGUUUAUAGUUUUCUGUGAUAUUUGUAUAGUAUUGUACUUAAAUUUAUAAUAAGAUCACUAUAGUUCUUUUUCUAUUUACUUACUAAGAUAUAUCCGGAUAGCUUGAAGGAGCCCUGUUUCCAGGAGCCUUUGGAAAUGGAGACAGGUGAUUUAUCAUUUAUUCAUAUACCUAUUUGUCUAUGAAAUAUUUAAAGGUCAUGAAUUGAUUUUAGGCCAAUAUUCAUCUAUUUGCAACAUGGAAGUGUUUUGCUCUAGUAGGCUUGGUAUAUUGGUCUUCUGUAGUGGAAUCGAUUUAACUGGCUUUGCUUUAGUUUGAGUCUGAUUUGAACGCUGAGUAUUUGAGCAAUACUUCUCUGUCUGGAACUUGAACACAGCCUUAUAAACCCACCAGAGGAUGGUCAUCCGCUUAUCAGACAGUCAGACAAACGCAUGUGUGUCAUGACACUUGUUAGCAGGAGUCCCAACCCGUUCAGAUAUUUAUAGACACUAAUAUCACUGUGUGAUUUUUGGGAGUAUCGAUUCAGAGCAAGCGUCGAUGUUCGGUGGAAUGUAACACAAACCACGGAGCUGCUGCAGCUUCAAACAGACAAGAGACGCAGUGGAGUACAGGCGGAAGUCAGCGAACGCAUCUCCAUUCCCACCGUGGGGUCACAUAGACUGAAAACCCAGAGACACUGUCUCUAGAAGCCUGGACACAAAGCACAACAAGCCCCACCUGAUCUAGAUCAUCGCGCCAGGCGGAAGAGCAUAGCCACCGGGAAGCAGCCCAGCAUGGAGGUCCCUCCCACUGCCCCCCUUCAACCCUUCCGACAAUCCAGUUUCCUCAGUAGAAGGUUGAAGGGCUCGAUCAAGAGGGCUAAGAGUCAGCCCAAACUGGACCGAACCAGCAGUUUCCGCCACAUGAUCCUCCCCCGCUUCCGCAGUGCCGACCAAGACAGGACCCGUUUGAUGCAGAGCUUCAAAGAGUCCCACUCCCAUGAGUCCUUGCUGUCUCCCAGCAGCGCCGCUGAGGCGCUGGACCUCACUCUGGACGAGGACGCCAUCAUCAAACCUGUCCACUCGAGCAUCCUGGGACAAGAGUACUGCUUUGAGGUGACUACGGCAUCGGGAACCAAGUGCUUUGCGUGUCGCUCAGCUGCAGAGAGAGACAAAUGGAUCGAGAACCUGCAGAGAGCUGUCAAGCCCAACAAGGACAACAGCCGGAGGGUGGACAAUGUGCUCAAACUGUGGAUCAUCGAGGCCCGCGAGCUUCCAGCCAAGAAACGCUACUACUGCGAACUUUGCCUGGACGACAUGCUGUACGCACGUACCACCAGCAAGCCCCGCACUGACACCGUUUUCUGGGGCGAGCACUUUGAAUUCAACAACCUGCCAGCCGUCCGCAACCUACGCCUUCAUCUAUACAAGGAGACGGACAAGAAGAGACGCAAGGAAAAGAGCACAUACUUAGGGCUUGUAAGCAUCCCCAUCUCAAGCAUCACUGGACGUCAGUUUGUGGAGCAGUGGUACCCGGUCAUCCAGCCCAGCGUCCUCACCAAGGGAGCUGGUGUGGGAGGGGGGAAGAUCAUCAACGCAUCCCUACGCCUCAAAUCCCGCUUCCAGACCAUGAACAUCCUGCCCAUGGAGCUGUACAAGGAGUUCGCAGAGUACGUCACCAAUAACUACCGCACCAUGUGUGCCGUGCUGGAGCCCGUGCUGAGUGUCAAGAGCAAAGAGGAAGUGGCCUGUGCGCUGGUGCAUAUACUGCAGAGCACGGGAAAAGCUAAGGAUUUCCUCUCAGACAUGGCGAUGUGUGAGGUAGACAGAUUCAUCGACCGAGAACACCUUAUCUUCAGAGAGAACACUCUGGCCACCAAAGCCAUAGAAGAGUACCUCAAACUGAUUGGACAUAAGUACCUCAAGGAUGCUAUAGGGGAGUUCAUAAGGGCCUUGUAUGAGUCAGAGGAAAAUUGUGAAGUGGACCCCAUGAGAACGCCACCCUCUGUACUCCCAGACCACCAAGCCAAUCUCCGAAUGUGCUGUGAACUGGCACUCUGCAAGAUUGUCAACUCCCAUUGUGUUUUCCCUCGAGAGCUAAAGGAAGUUUUUGCCUCCUGGAGAGUGCGCUGCGCUGAGAGGGGUCGGGAAGACAUCGCAGACCGCCUCAUCAGCGGUUCCCUCUUUCUACGCUUCCUGUGUCCUGCCAUCAUGUCCCCAUCUCUCUUCAACCUCACCCAGGAGUAUCCCGACGAGCAGACAUCACGCACACUCACGCUCAUCGCUAAAGUAGUGCAAAACCUGGCUAACUUCUCCAAGUUUGGCAGUAAAGAGGAGUACAUGUGUUUCAUGAAUGAGUUUUUAGAGAUGGAGUGGGGCUCCAUGCAGCAGUUCCUGUACGAGAUCUCCAACCUGGACAGUGUCAGCAAUGCAGGCGGCUUUGAGGGAUACAUCGACCUGGGCAGGGAGCUGUCGAUACUGCACAGUCUCCUAUGGGAGGUGAUGUCUCAGCUCAGCAAGGAUGCCAUCAUAAAACUGGGUCCUUUGCCUCGCCUCCUGAAUGACAUCAGCAUGGCCUUGCGUAACCCACACCUCCAGCGGCAGCCCAGCCACCAGACAGACAGGGUCCCGGAGAGACAGACAGACAGGCUGCUGUCACGGCCGAGCUUCAACAGGGGCAUCUCGUCCGAGUUUCAGAAUCUCAUGAUGAGGGAUCUUAAUAGCUCUAUAGAUAUCACUCGCUUGCCUUCCCCUACCUCCACCGGAGGGGUCAUGCCAUCCCGCACCCAGAUGAGUUUUCAGGACCGUGACCACCCUCAUCGAGCAUCCUCCAAAGACAUGUUUUAUGUAUCGCGCCCUCCCCUGGCCCGGUCCAGCCCAGCCUACUGCACGAGCAGCUCGGACAUCACCGAACCAGACCCUAAGGUGCUCAGUGUCAAUAAAAGCGUAUCUAUGAUGGACCUCCAGGAUUCCCGAAUGAACAGCGUGUCUAACCUGCAGUCGGUGGAAAUGCUCAACUCCUCCCAGGCCUCCAUCGCCGGCAUGGGCAGCUUCGGAGGGCUGAGCAGCGGAGGCGGUGGCGGCCUGGGGUCGGGCCUGAGCAGCCAGCUGCGGGCCGGUGGGAGGUUGUCAGCUGGCUCUGGCGGCUCCAGCAUGUCCGGCGGCCUUCGGCUGAGCCAGCUGAGCCAGAUGGGCACCACCACCGACUCGCUAUCCCAGCAGCAGCAACAGCAGGCCGCCGCCAUGCGCUACCCGCUUUCCUUCCAGAAUCCCCUCUUUCAUCUGGCGACUGCUGAUGGGCCUCAACAGCAACAGCUCCAUCACCAGCACAGCCGGGCUCAACCCCCAGCACCCCUGCUCCUUGCCCCAGAGCCUGAGCCUUCUCACCAGACCUACAUCCCACAGUUCGCCCACGGGGGGUUCUCUCGCAGUGAGGACCUGUCCACCCUCAGGACCAGGGACAGUCACCUGGGCCAACCCAGCAUCAUCCACUCACACAGCUACAGUGACGACUACAGCAGGGCUGACUAUGGACGCAGGCAGAUGUCCAUGCACGUGCAGGAUAACCUUCAACAGCAGCAACAAAUGAUGGGCAUGACCUCCCAGACAGGAACAUCCCACUCCUCCCUGGCCACCACGCCACCCUCCACAGUCCAACCUGUGCGCCAGAGUUCUGUUGCCCCGCCUCCCACCCAGCGCGUCAAAUCCCAGACCUCCCAUCAGCUGUCCGUCAGUGCGGCUGCUGCUCCCGCUGCUCCGUCUAAAACACGACCGCAGAGCGGGAAUCUCCUCCAGUCACCAGAGUCUGGCUACGGCGGCAGGCAGCACGGGCCCCGGCAGCUGUCCGUCAAAGACAACACUGCCCCGGGCCUGCCCCACCAGCAGAGCUCUGUCAGGGAAAGCCAGAGUCCGCAGGGAACCGCCAGUCAGAGCACUCAACAGUCACCACAGCAACAGUCUCAGCAACAGCAACAACAUCUUCUCAAACCCACCAUGAGCAAACAGGGGUCCCAGUCUCCAUCCACCCUCAAUCCCCCAACCCCAGCCAAUGAGCGAACAGUGGCCUGGGUCUCCAACAUGCCUCAUCUGUCAGCUGACAUUGAAAGUUCGCGGAUUGACCGUGAAGAAUUUAAACUGAAGGAGUACUCAAAGAGCAUGGAUGAGUCACGCAUGGACAGGGUACGGGAGUACGAGGAGGAGAUCAACUCCCUGAAGGAGCGCCUGGUGAUGUCCCAUAAAAAGCUGGAGGAGUACGAGCGGAGGCUCCUCACACAGGAGCAGCAGACCAAUAAGAUCCUCCUACAGUACCAGAAUCGACUUGAGGACAGUGAGCGGAGGCUACGGCAACAGCAACUGGAGAAAGACUCCCAAAUUAAAGGAAUAAUUAGCAGACUCAUGGCUGUGGAGGAUGAGUUAAGGGGAGGACCCAUGAUUGAGCCAAAAACCAGGAUUUUCGCUGAUCAGGAGGACCAGCUUUCCUCCCUGGGUUCUGCAGACCCCGGUGUGAAAACUGAAGGUGGAGGGGGAGGUGGAGGAGGAGGACAAGGAGGAGGAGGAGCAGUAACCAACGAUCAAGGCCUCAGAGUCUCUUCCUCAGGCAUUUCCUCUGACAGCUCACCCCACAAUGGAGUCCUCCCUCAAACCAUAGACCCUCCCUCUCUACCCACUCCUCAUCAACAUCCUAGUCAGAAUGGAGAGCUCCGUGGCAACCAAACAUCCUCCCCCAUGACAACGUCACAGGCUGGAACCACGGCAACAGCAACUACAGGCAUAGCAGAAGAAGGGGGAGUAGGUCAAACACAACACUGAGCCAAAUCAGAGAGAGAUGACACAAAAGGAAAGGAAAACACCGUCCGCGUCUUUUCUUAUAUAGCAAGACAAUGUUUUGAAAAGACAUCACCAUUGAUAUUCUUAUUCCCCGGGCAAGAGAGAGAAGAAAAGUGUGCAGGAGACGAGUAGUAAUCACACAGCUACUGUACAGUGCAUAACACAUGAACACACAACACAAAGGGCUCUUCAAUGGACACUUGUUCUCUCGAUGCUCACACGGAGCUUCAGUUCGUAUCAGUCUUGCAGGACAAGAUAACGAUACCUUACCACAUACUGUUUGAAUCAGUCAAACAAAGCAUUUGACGAACAUACCAAGCCAAUAUGUGAACAUCUGCUCUGUGCACUCAUUGCCUGUCUGCGGCUUCACCAGAAAUAAAUACAUGUGAGGAACAAGCACUAUAGAAUGUCUUGCACCCCAAAGACUUCAUAGUAGCCAUCAGCAAAGAAGUGCUAUAAGAUAGCUUAUAGUAACUCUUGACUCCCAUGGAUGUAGGUGCAUUAAAUAUGCCUAUCCCGAACACGCCAGGCUGCAAAUGUGGUAGGUCGAGAUGUGGAGAUGUAGUCUGGCUGUCUUAGUGCCUUUGAGUGUUUUACAACAGGGUUUUCCAAUAGAGAUAACAGGUGGAGGUCCAUGUUAGCUUUGCUAGUAAGGGAACUGAUCUGUGGGCUGAAAACAGAUUCAAAGACACAAGAUCAAGCAUCGUAGAGGUCUGAGUGACGGAGGACGUUUUUGGGAACUUUUCUUUUUUUUUUUUUUCAAUCUAAGGGACUUCUUGUUUUUGGACUGAGCUCGUGCAAUUUUUCUCUUCUCAAUCUCAGAACCGAUAUGUGAUAAACUGGUGCUAAACAGAAACAAAUGGUGCCAUUUUCCAAGUCAAAUGUCUGUGUCUGCCAUAGCACUGCCUCUUUCAUGAUUCACUCACUGUCUAUUCUCUCUCUCUCUCUCUCUCUCUCUCUCUCUCUCUCUCUCUCUCUCCUGCGAUUUGUCUUUGACAGGACUUUACCCCCCCCCCCAAUAUGUUUUGUAUCUGUCUCUGUCUUUGUUCUUUGUGCAUCCUGUUGUGUUUUUAUGUCUAAUGGGGGUGUUGGGGUUUCCAUGUCUGUGUGUUUGAAGCGCCCUCCUCCAAUCUCUGGUUUUAUUUACAGUUAAUAAAAGCAGCUCUCCAGCUCAAAAUUGAAGGAUCAGCAGUUUAACAUAUUUUGCACGGGUUAUUUCAGAUUUGUGGAGACCAAGAACUUAAGUGCUAUUUUCAGAAAACACUAUUAAUUUUACGAUUGGAUGAAAAUACUUUGAUUGCAAUGGAUGAAUGGAGUUUAUUCCAAGUUCUCAAGUUUUGUUUCUUUCUUUUAAAAAGUGUGCGCCCAUUGUGUUCGGAUAGAGAAGAUCAGCAGUGCCAUUAUUAGUACUUUUCAUUCAUUUUCAGUAACAUUUUCUCCUACAACUUUCACCACAGCUAAUGUUAUUAAUACAAAUGCUAAUGACAUAUUAAUAAUCGUCCCCUUAUGUUUUUAGUUUUGGGCACAUUUUACCAUAUUCUAUUACAGUGAACAUUGCCAGGAUCAUUUUGUUAAUUCUCAACUGUCAGUCAUCGCUAAGCUUGCCAUUAAGUGCCUGGGAUAAAUAUAUUGAGCGUCCUUCGGCCAGUAGACUAGCUAGCCAUCAACCAAAUGCACCUUAAAAGCCUUGCUUACGACACUGAGGAUAUAUUAUACCCCUGAUGCUUAAACAAUUUGAAUACUUUCAUACUCUUUUGUGUAAUUUACAUAAUUUGAAGUUGCAUCUAUUUCUGAAAAUGUUUGAAAGAAAGCAUCAAACCAAAAUUUACAGUACAUUUAGAGUAAACCAUUUCAUUUACAGUAAAAUUUUAAAAAUGAUGAUUUGAUGAAUUUUUUAAAUUAAACAAACCUCUUCAGUUUCUCAUGUGUCAAAUACUGAAAACACGAGUCUUUGAAAUGUUUGUAACGUGUAUCCAUAAUCCUUCAUUUUGUGUAUGAGCCGUCUGUUGUAAGGUUUGUCUGGAUGUGAAUCUGUUUUUGUCUCUGUAGCUUCACACACUGGUGUCGCUCUGCAACAACUCAGCUUGUUUAAACGUCAAAGUUGAACCAAGACGAGUUGAAGAGUUUCACUUCAGCUUUGUGUCAGCCAUUUUUCUCUAAAGUACUUAUUUUGCAGUGUCAAAGGUCAAAAUGACCAAUGCAAGUACUUUCACAAGCCAGUGCUAGUAGAUUAGUUUAGAUUAGAUUCAUAUUUACAGUGAAUGUUUAACUGUUGAACCACCAAAUGUUAAUAAUGCUAGCAGUCUUAUGCAGGAAAAGAUUGUCUUCUAUCUAGACAGCUUGUAGGGCUACUUUUCUCUUGUGAAAUGACUUGUGUGUGAUGAAUGUUGGAUUCAGGGCGGGCUAGGUUUGAACAUCAGUGUCUUUUCAGAGAUGUGAGAUAAUCCGUGAUUGAGAAAUUAACAUUGCUGUGAAAAUACCUCAGUGACUCAGGUAAACAAGCAGUUGCCUCAGAGCUGAACACAAAAACUAUAGAACAGAGAUGAGUCCAGCUUUGGAAAGACUGCCACCAUGCAGAUACUCGGUCAAUAGCUAUGCUUCAAUAGCACCUGAUCAAGCACCCUCCCCCGUUUCUUCUCUCUCUCUGUUUCCCUUUUUUUCUCCCCCUAGCCACUCUCAAAGCUUCAUGGAGGACAAUGUGGAACCUAAUUGGCUGAUGCACCAUCGGCAGUCCACAGGGUGGCAUGGCCAAAUGUCCAGAGCCCUCUCUCGUGACGCGAUUGGCUGACAAAGGGAGAACUUGGGGCAUUGGUCCCAUUCUCUUUGCUCAAAGGAUGGUGCAGAGCCCCAGCGGACCAUGUAAGGAAAUGCUGGGUUUUUUUUUUUGGUUUUUUUUUUUUACUUUACUUGGGCCCUCUCUCUCUGAUUUGAUAAAAGGAUCUUUUUAAAGUGUGUUUGACGCCUCGUGAUUGGAUCUACAUUUUACUUUUAAAAAGGUAGGCUGGACAUAUAUUAGCAUUUGGUGGCCUGCCAAGCAUGCAAAGAACAGCUAUGCAGUCUGAUCAAUCAGCAGAACAGAGGAACACAAAGGCCAAGGAAGCUGUGAUGCUCAAAAUGAGAGAGAGGGGAGAUGUGUUGUGGGGUAAGAUGUAUUUCAAAGGUGCUUGACUUCUCUUAAAAUUUCAGUCAAAGCUGAUUUACUUUCAAAGCAUUUAUUUCGCUCUCUCUCUCUCUCUCUCUCUCUCUCUCUCUCUCGUAGUCUUUUCAAAUUACCCUUUGAUUCCUCUUCAUCUAUUCACUCUUUGUCUAUCUAGGAUUCUCAAAGCAUUAUUUAACCGCUUCCUUCUUACUCCAUUUUAAAACACACUUGAUCUGUUUCUCGAUUCAUAGUUUUAGCUCUUCCGUUUGAAUCUCUUUCAGACUUUGAUUUUAAAGGAAACUAAAUAUGCACAGCCUAAUACAACAAGUGAAACUGCUUCAGAACAAAACUCUUGCUUCAAUGAAGACUUUGAAAAACCGGACAGAAUGUUAUUAUUUAUAUUUCUAUGAUACUGCUUAUUCUUACAAUAGUAUUAGAAAAAACUCUUCAUCAGAAAUCUUCCGGAGCAGAUAUUUAUUUCUUGAUAUAGAUAGAUGCCUCUAUCUAAUGGAAGUUCAUAAAUAAUCCAUUUUAUAUGAACCAAGUUUUCUUACUAAGACAAUCUUGUGGAGAGAAUCGUUGCCCUAAAGGACGAAAGGGACAAACUUGUGUUUUACCUACUCCCCAUACAACAGUUUGCACGUUGCUGUGACCUGUGCCCUCCUUCCUCUUGGUUAUAAUCAUUCAAAAACAAAAAAAAAAAAAAGAAAGAAAAAGCGGACGGAUGUUUUCCCGCCCAAAAAUCGCCAUGGAGCUCUCCAUUUUACGGACGAUGCGAAAGCCGUUGGAUAAGGACAUUCUUACAGCUAUUUUGUGCUCCACUUCGACUAUCUGUCUGUAGAGGUUUAAAACGAGCAGCGGAUGAACUCUUGGUUUCAGUGUGGCCACAUUUCUGCAGUCAAAUUGCUGUAAAACUGCCCAUUUAUUUCUAUGGAUGGACUCCACUGACACCAAUCUGAGUUGAAAUCCCUGCCAUUCCCACUUGCGACUGAAACGAGGACAGAGAGAGAUAUGUUAGAGGUCCUGCUGAAACGAGUGAAUGUGUUUGUAUAUAAGUGUGUGUACUGGCUAAAUCUUUGUGUAUAUACUGGAUAAAUGUGUAUAUAUGGUAUGUCUAUGUGUAUAUACAGUUUGUUUGUAUAUGCAGAGUGUACAGUUAUUUUUUCCUCUAAUGUUUCUCUCUCUUUCUAUGAAUAGGUCUUCUCAAGUUACCAAUACUGAGGCAUGGAAAGGUUUUUAAAUGUACUGACAGCUAUCAGAGGCACUUUCUGUGCAGACUUAGAAUAUCAGCAAGGUCUGUCACUUCUAGCUGCAUUCUUGAAGCUCUCAUACAAGAAGUAACUCACAUAAUCUUAAAGCUUGCACUCAUUUUCUGACCAACUAAAAAGCUUUUCUAAGUAGAUUUGGGUGACCAAGCAAUGUUUGUACAUAUAUAGACUUAACACAAUUUUUUCCAGAAACCUCCAUCUGCAUUUCUUUGAAAAUUCUCGACCUGUUUUUGAGUUAUUGCGUAUCUGACUUUCACUUUAGGUUCCUAUGGUAUAUGUUUGCAACGGUUGUCAUUCAGAGUUAUAUAUUUAUUCCGACAACCCUUAUAUAUUUCUUGAAAUUUUGUUCCCCAAAUUCUGCCUCUCAUGGAGCCGUCUAGCCUUUUAUUAAGAUGCGGUUAGACCGGCAAAUCCUUCCAUGAAAGUAUACUGUCAUUACUUAACAUUGCUUGUUUUUGUAUAGGUCCUUACUAAAUAAGUGUGCCUCCCCCCCUUAUACUCUUACUAACCUUAGAUCCAUUAACUGCGCUGGUCACUCAUAUUCAUACCCCUUGACAAGCCAUAGCCCCCCCCCCCCAGAACUCCUCUAUUGUUGUUUUGACAGGACAGACAUUUGGGGAUUUUGUGUAUAUUAAUGGAAGAGUGGUGUUGAAGAGUGUAUUGCAGUUGUAUAUGGAUUUGUUAUGAAUGUGGAUAUUCUGAUCAUUGAAUUAUUAUUGUAAUAAUGAUAAUAAUUAUUGCCACUUUGAUUUUGUUGAUUAAUUCCUUUGAUGCGGUUGAUGAAGAUGCCAUUGUUCCUUCUUUUUUUUUUUUUUUGGAAUACACCGGAAUUUAUAUUUUUCGGGUGGGUGAAUCUGGAGAUAGAAAUACGUAAAUAAAUUAAUAAAUAAACAAAUAAUUAAAUUCUUA